AGGGGCCCGCGCGCUCCGCCUGGUUCCGCUUCCGUCCCCUUGAGUUUGUCGUCAGCAUCAGUGAUGUGAGCAGUCUGGAAAUGGAUGAGAUUGCUGAUCCUGUGAGGAUGGAAGCUGGUGAUGCAACGUUGGCUAAUCACAACUCGAUAUUCAAGGCCUUUCCUCUACAACAGACUGCUAUUCCAGGGGAUCAGCUUUCACUGUCUGAUGACAAGUUUUUACCAAUCAAGUUUGGCAGUUUGGAGAGAGCUUUUACGUGCUCCACGGGAAGUGCAUCAUGCAGUCCAAGUUACUACUCAGAAAUUCCAUCCUCUGAGAGUUACCGGGUGUCGGGAGAAUUGAGAACGUUUGGACCAAGUGCCAACGGACAGGGGAGGGGUUUGGUACCCACCCUGGGUUCUAUGUUACAGAAACCUAGAGUGAGUCGAAACUUGUAUCUCGACACUCGCAAAACUCCAAGUGGAACGUCAAAUAGUUUUGUAGGGAAGUCAAACCAUCAUUGUCACGUAUCUGCAUAUGAAAAAACAUUUCCAAUCAAGCCCGUUACAAGUCCCUCAUGCCGUCGCAGCCUGCUAAGCCCCAAGAAAACCCAGAGGAGAUUCGUCAGCACUGCAGAAGAGACAGUUCGAGAGGAAGAGCGAGAGAUCUACAGGCAGCUGCUUCAGAUGGUCACUGGAAAACAGUUCUCAACAUCCAAGCCGGCCUCGCUUUUCCCCCUUCACCUGCCCAGAUGUUUGAGUAAAAACGUCAUGAAAGAAACCCCCUGCAAGAAUGCAAAACCAUUCGAAACGUACAGCCUCGCUCCUGUCAGCCAGUCAGCUAGUGUUGUGGGAACACAGGAGCAGCCAUCACACAAGCCACCACCGUACCCUGUAUCCAGUUAUCCCUCAAAUGUUACGUUUGAGUCCGAUAAUACCACCACUCAGCAUCAGCGAGAUAAUCUACCAGCAUCCAACGCCCAGCCUGAAGGAUCAGACUCGGUCAUUGUGCUCAAGGUAAAAGAUUCCAGAACUCCGGCUCCAAGCCUCCCUUUCUUCCAGGCAGAAUUGUGGAUCAAAGAAUUAACCAGCGUCUAUGAUUCACGAGCCCGCGAGAGAUUGCGUCAAAUAGAAGAGCAGAAAGCUUUGGCAUUGCAACUGCAGAGCCAGAGAUUGCAGGAGCAGGAACACUUGAUACAGGACCCAGUAGAUUUGAAUCUUCGAGUGCCUCUUGAGAAAGAGAUCCCUGUCACAGUUCUCCCUGAAGAGAAAGAGAAUGCUAAAUCAGCUGAUAACGAAGAGGAAUUCCCUGAAAUCACAGAGGAAAUGGAGAAGGAAAUCAAGAGCGUAUUCCGCAGUGGAAACCAGGAUGAGAUCCUGAGUGAAGCUUUUCGGUUAACGAUAACCCGGAAAGACAUUCAGACCCUGAACAACCUGAACUGGCUUAACGAUGAGAUAAUUAAUUUCUACAUGAAUUUGCUGAUGGAGCGAAGCAAAGAGAAGGGGUUGCCGACAGUUCAUGCGUUUAAUACCUUCUUUUUUACUAAAUUAAAAACUGCUGGGUACCAAGCAGUGAAACGGUGGACAAAAAAAGUAGAUGUUUUCUCUGUGGAUGUUCUCUUGGUGCCUAUUCAUCUUGGAGUCCAUUGGUGCCUAGCCGUUAUAGACUUCAGGAAGAAAACCAUCACCUAUUACGAUUCCAUGGGUGGAAUAAACAAUGAAGCCUGCAGGAUACUGUUGCAAUACUUAAAACAGGAAAGUCUUGACAAAAAACGGAAAGAAUUUGAUGCUAACAACUGGUCGUUGCUCAGCAAGAAGAGUCAGGUACGUUGGUCUCGUGCAGCUAGAGCCCAUAGUUGGGGACCGAGAGAGCUGCACAAAUUGUAUCGUGGCCUAAUCAUUCCCCAUUGUUAAUCUCUCACCGUCACCUGACGGUCGUGCAUGGGAAAGCCGCUUUUCUCCAAGAUGAAUCAGCAGCAGCCCCAAGGGGAUUUGCUCUCCGUGCAUAGCGCUUCCAUCCCACCAGGGAAGAAGGAUGGUCGUGUGGUUAAGGCAGUGGAAUGGGAGUUAGAAGGACCCAGGUUCUGUUCCUGGUUCUGCUACAGCCUUUUUAUGUGGCCUAAAGCAAGUCCCUGCUCUCUCGGCCUCCAUUCCCCAUCAGUAAAAUGAGGCUAAUACUCCUCGCUUCUCUACAGGGGUGUUGUAAAGACAAGUUCAUGAAUGACUGAGGUCCUCAGACCUUAGGGUGCCUAGAUAGGCACGACUACCUGGAGUCCGUGAUGCACCAUCAGUCUCCUCUUUUCAGUUGCUUCCCAGAGUGGGUCGCUCCACACUGUUUUUUUUUUUUUCAUCCCCAUUUGACCAGGCUACUAUUGGCCCAUCUGUUUCGAAGCUUCGUUUUGCCCCAACUCCCUAAAUCUCAAGUACAUGGGGACACCCUGGGGUUUUCUUACCUGCUUCAAUGCUCAUGGCGCUUUAUCUGUGGAGCGUUUGCUAAAGUUAAGGGGAAGUUUUAGUCUCGUCGAAAUAUAGAGGCUCAGGGCUUGUUUUUGUUGUUGAAGGAAAUCCCCCAACAAAUGAAUGGCAGCGACUGUGGAAUGUUUGCCUGCAAAUAUGCCGACUGCAUUACCAAAGACAGACGGAUCAAUUUC